CUAAAGUCAGUUUUGUGAAUAUGGACCCUGGUAUAUAUUAAAUCUAUUAGUGCUCUCACAGAGACCUCUAGUGGCCGGGAUAGUAACUGCAGCUUCUAUCACCACCAGUGAAGUCAUCAAUGACAUCAUCAUCACAGAUACAGUAAAAGCACAGCUGUUCCUUGAGCUCUUGUAGAUACAUAUUCAUCUCUGAUACACACUAUCUAUGUAGAGCUCUAACAGAGACCUCUAGUGGCCAGGAUAGAAACUGCAGCUCCUAUCACCACUGAGUUUUUAAAAUGAGUCAUUUCUGGCAAAUACCAACAUUUGAUUUCUGUGUACAGAUACAUCAAUUGUUUGAAUAAUAACUGGAUGUUUGUCUCAGCAGCACUACAGUAAAGUAACAUGAUUCUGAACCUGUCUUUGCAGUAUGGACCCUGAAGAGGCCUGCGUAAGAAUUGAGUUACUGAAGGGCUUUGUACAGAUGUAUGAAAAGGAGAAGCAGGAAAUUGAAGAACUCCUCAGAGAACUCAAUGGGAUUGCUGAUGGGCUGGACAAGGUGGACAGGGACUGUACCAUCGCUAAGACUGCAGGGAGCUCUGCUGGUGUAGUUGGGGGGGUCCUGACCAUUGUGGGGAUAGGCCUGGCUCCUGUUACUUUUGGAGCCUCCCUUGGACUGUCCAUUGCAGGGGCUGUGACUGCUGUAGCUGGUGGAGCCACCAAUGUUGGCACACAAAUAGUAAAGUGUGUAAGUGAUGGCAAAGAUAACAAUAGAGUAAAUGAAAUAGUGAAAAUAAUUCAAACUUAUCUCAGAGUACUUGGUGAAUUGUGCAACAUUGCACUCCCAGAAUGUAAUUGGAAUAAAGAGGACGCUGCUUUAACAGGCAUUGUUAAAACACGUCUUUCUGCUGUUGCUGCUGCUGCAGGCCUGGUUGAUGCUGCUGUUGUUGCUGCUGCAGGUGCUGUUAUUGAUGUUGCUGUAAGUCCUGAUGCUGUUGCUGAUGUUAUUGCUGGUGUUGCUGAUGGUGUAAACCUGAGUGGUGUUCCUGCUGCUGGUGCUUCUGCUGCUGGUGCUUCUGCUGUUGGUGCUUCUGCUGGCCGUGUUGCUGCAGGCCUGGUUGAUGAUGUUGCUCCUGCGGUACUCAAAGGUGCAGGCAGAGUAGUCGGAGGUGUUGCUGCUGGAGUCUUUGUCGUUGUGGAUGCCGUGCAGAUUGGUUUAAAUGCCAAAAAACUUUAUGAUGGGAGUCCAACUGAAAGAGCACAAGAGAUUCGCAAGCUGGUGGAAACUGUAGAAUUACAACUAGCAAAACUGGAGGAGGUCAGUUCUGACAUAAACAACAUUUUGAACCCAUGAGUCAGCACAGGGCUAUGGAGGAAGGUGCAGCAGGAGGGAUUUUCCUGUCAGAUCUGCUACUGCUGCUGUAUCAACAGUGCAAAGAGCUAAGCCAAUAAAAAUAAAUACAAGUAAUGAAAUAAUACAUCUCUUCUGAAAUCACGAACCUCCAUGUCUUUUUUCUCCAGUUCUGGGUAUAAACUGAAUGUAUACUUUAUAUUUGACUCAUAGUAAAUAUAAUAUAGCUGUGAUUUAAAAGAAAUCAUUAUAAUGGAAUGUAUCAAACAUGGGGCUCAUGUAAUUGGGGACACCCUUGUCUGUCUGUCUCUGUCUGUCUAGCUCAGUGUUUCUCACUCUAAAUGUUGUUUAAUUAACAUAAAUUAUUAAUUACAUUUAAUUCCACUAGUUCCGAGAAUUACAGAAAAAUAAUUCAUAAAACAAAAAUAAUUAAACCCCAGUCACUGGUAUAAUCACCAUGUAGAUACAUACAUAAAAUGCUUACUAUUAUGGAAUAUUGCCGACAUAUCUUCUUUGCUUGGAUAGCAAUAGAGACAUGCGAAGUGGUUCCUUUGAAAUCGGUACCCAGUUCCUGCUUUGGAACCGACAAACUGGAUACAAAUAUCAGCGAUCUGGUUGUAGUGAGUACUAUUAUGUUUUUAGUAAAACUAUUUAUUAAAACAUUCAUUUCUGUCAAAUACAUUUGAUAACUACAAUUAUCAAUAGAAAAAAGGUCUGCAAAAAUAUUUAUUACAGCAAACAGGGGUUUUAAUGUUGUUGUUUUUUUUUUUUAAUUAUAUGUAUUUCCCUGGAGAAUAAUUCAGUCUCACUUUUACAUGAAGUGAUGAGAACGCUUUGGGUAAAGUGAAUCUUCUGCACCUCGAUGGAAUCAUUCGCAAGACAACCCGAAGCCGAACAUGACACAAUUUCGGCAAUCUAAAAAAUUAAUUUAACCCCAAGCUGAUGGGGUCGUAUUUUGGCUUGGGAUCCUAACAUACACUCACCUGUUUGCAUAAACCAUGUAGUUACAUUUUAUUAAAUUGUAAGCUGUGUGAAAUUUGCAAUUAACAAUGUUCAUAAACAAGCACACAAUGGCUUUCACUGUUGUAAUA